UCGUUCGUAUAGUUGUCGUGGCUCGUGCUUAAAUUUAUAAUAGAAAUAGUAUUAAGUGAACGUGGUAAAGAACUAAUUAUUUAUCAAAAUUAUAAAUUUUCUUACAAGGAACUUACGAAAAAAGGGCAUAAAUGGCGGUGCGCACACAAAAGUUGCAACUCUAAGCUGUACGAAUAAAAAUCAUAAGAAUAAAAAACAAAAAAUCAUGGUUGAAGAUAAUAUAUCCAAAUUGAGAUUAAGAUUCAAGGCACUUCAUCAGAAAGAUAAAUUUGUAUGUAAUAUAUAUAAAAGAUUAGCUCGAUCCAUCAACACAAAAGUUCGUGCCCUCGUUAAAGGGGUGCGAGCGGUACGAUUACGAAAAAAAAACCGUAUGGACGUUCAUCAACCGGCUUUAAAUGACCUAGUUGAACACGAUGAAGAUAAUCCCAGUUCAACUGAACUACGCAUUGAGUCGGAAGAAUCAACAAGAGUCGAUUGUCUGACAACCUCUGAACACAAUCGUUAUCUACCAACUUCCGAACAAUCGGAAAAACGUGCAGAAUUUUAUCAACCGGACUUAGUCAAACGUGGCGAAGAAAGUCUCAAUUCAUUCGAAGCAUCCGUUGGCGUCGAGACUACUGAAUCGAGAGCCGGUCAGAUAUUCACCGAAAACAAACGUUAUCUACCGGCAUCCGAACAAGCGAGAGAAAACGAAGAUUUUUGUGACAUCUAUAGAUGUGAAAGUGACCCAUCAGUGUCCAGCGGAACAUCAGCAAUGACCAUACCUUCGCGCCAGUACUCGUACGAGAAUCAUUUCUAUCCAACGGCUUCGGAAUCGUCUGUCGAAUUCGACGAAUGGAGUAACGCGUUGUCAACGACACCAUCGUCAAUCGCCGAUGAAAAUCAGGAAUCGAGAGAUUAUCGUUCGGCGUCAGAAAAGUCUGAAGUAAAUGAAAAUGACAACGGUGACGAUGCUAGUGUGUCCAGUGAAUCGUCGGGUAUGACCAUACCUUUGCGGCGUUCGGAAAUGUUCGACCCGGAAAACAAGCGUUUCCAUCCAGCGUAUUCUGGCCGCAAGUACCUUACGAGCGGCGGACAAGAAACGGUCGCAAGAGCCGAAUAUUCGUACAGGAGACGAUACUAUCGAACGGCUUCGGAAACAUCCGUUGAACACGAUGAAAGACGAAACGGUUCGGAAUACUGUGCAGGUGAACGUACCCAAACGCCUGAUCCGUCCACCGAAUAACCGGAUCGACUUUGAAAGACUUGAGGAUCGUUCGGAUAAGUUUGAUUACAAUUAUUGAACAGUUCCUGUAUAAUAACCCCCUAACUUUAUUUUAAUUCAAUUCUUUUUAACAUUAUUGUUUCGAUAAUAUCUUAAUACUCGAUAUGUGUGGGUCACGUUAUAUUAUACAUUCAUAUAUUGCAAUUUAAAUUUGAUAACAACAUUUUCCUUUACUAUUUUAUGAAAAAUUUUAGAGGAUUUUUAGUUCUGAAUGUAUGCUAUGAUGUAUAUUAAAAUAGAAAAACAUCAUUCGGCUAAACCUGAAAAAAAUCCUUUCAGCUGUUCAUAGUUUUUUUUUUUUUUUAAUUUGAAUAUUGAAUAUCAACAUAGUAGUAAAUGCUUAUGUGAAAUAAAGCACAUUUCAGACAUCUUGGUAAAUGGAUAGACAGGGUUAUUAAUGAUUUAAAUACGUGUGUGAAGUUAGCCCCUCCCCACUAUAAAAAUACUUUACAAAAU